AUGGCCCUCAAAGCAAAGGAAACACCGCCAGAUUCUGUGGAUCAGGAUUCUACAAGGCCACUCCCUUCCUUUACCUUGUUUUUCCACCUUCCACCGGAGCUGCGCCUAAAGAUCUGGAACUUGAACUUGCCUGUCAUGAGACUCGUAUCGUUAAACUGUGGCGGCAAAUCGCCCUCGUUAAAGGAGCCGACCUCUUGUGCUACCAUGGCCUUCAUGGGAUGCACUUCCGAUGCGCCUGUUCCCGUAAACCUGCACGUUUGCGCCGAGUCUCGAGCGGACGCCUUAAAAACCUUCCGAUGCGCCUUUGGCUUUGCCAGGAUGCCGGGACACGUCUUCUUCAACCCUGAGAGCGACAUCCUAUACUUCGGGCCUCGAGAAGGCUAUAUGGCUGCCGACGCCCAGUUUCAUACUUGCAUGACCAUGUGCGACCGGGCACAUCUAGCUGCCGUGCGCCGAAUUGCCAUCAGCGACGCCCUCUUCUGGGUGGAAGGCGCCUAUAACUCCUUGGCUGCAGCGAGUCUUACCGUCCACGUAAUCAAACAAUUAGCGCUGCGCAUGCCCUUCUUGGAGCAGGUUCUAUUCGUGCCUCGCGAACAGGACGAAGUCGCAGAACCAAUCUUGACCGAGAGGCGCAUGAAAUGCCAGGUUAGGAUGGCCAUGCAAACGGCGUGCUUAGAGUUGUCUUGUUGGCGGCCCCCUUCAUGGGCGAUCGUGUCUCUUCGCACUUUAUCAUCGGCUUGUAGAUGA